AUGGUUCGUCACAAGAAAAAGGAAAAGCUAGUGAAACCUCAAGAAAAUGUUCAAACCAUUGUAGAGCCAUGGCCAAAUCUACCUCAAAAACUCCUAAACUUAAUUGGAAAACAACAUCCUCAUCUAAUGCAAAACAUCAAUUUUCGCGGUGUUGCCAAAUCAUGGAGAGUAGGAUCUAAGCAAUGUAGUUCUAAUUCACAACUAACAUGGCUUGAAUUACUUCCUAACAAAGAUCAACACAUUAAACAUACUCUCAACAUCUCAUUUCGAUCAGGUCAAUAUUCGUGUUACAGUAAAAGACCACGGAAUGAAUAUCCCUGGACGCGUUUUUAUGGUUGUUCACAUGGAUCGAUUAUGGCUGGUGGAAACGAUCCUGUAGAGUAUACUCUUUUGAUUCCUACUGUUAGAAACUGCUAUUGGAGUAUUCCCCUUUGGGAUCACUCAAUUCCAUUCAAAUUUGCAACUCUGUCUUCAAUUCCUUACAACAAUUGGUCUGUUAUGGUACUAACAGGAUGUUCCUAUCCACUUUUCGUGGCUUGUCAUACAGGGUACCCUUAUAAAUGGAUGAAACAAACGAGUAAUCUCAUUGAUCCGAAUUGUUCAAAAAGACAAUUUAUGAUACUUACUAAUGCUAUUGGUUUUGAAGGGAAGUUUUAUGCAAUAAGUUUGCAGGGUACUUUAGUGGUAAUUGAAGAAAUUGAAUCGAAAUUUCAGGUAAGCAGUAGCAGGGCUGUUCCAUCAGUUUACUCAAAGCAUUUCACGGAGUAUUUUGUUGAAUCCAAUGGAGAGAUCUUGUUGAUUUUUUUGAUUUCGGAACAAUCGAUUAGGAAGGUGGAUAAAGUUGAAGUGAUGAAGCUAGAGAUGGAUGAUGUAUCAUGGUUAAAAUUGGAUAAUCUUGGAAAUAGAACGUUGUUUGCAGGGACUAAUUGUUGUAUAUCAGUUAAUGCAAGUAGUCAAUUGGGCUGCAGAAGCAACUGUAUCUACUUCAAUGACCAUGCUACUGAUACUUGGAAGUUUUAUGAAUUGGGAAGUGAUAAUAUUUCGCCCUGUUUUGAUGAUUAUGGUUCUCAAAAGUGGAGAACAUUUUUUAUAAAUUACAUUGUAUAUAUAGAUCGAAUACUUAGCUAUGUAUAUUGCAAAUUAACUAAUCCUCGCAAGAUAAAAGAGACCAAGACACUUGUCCAAUUCUUAUUCAUUGAAAUAACGAGUCGCUUGAAUUGA